ACUUUAACACACACACACACACACUUGCGAGUUGCGAGGGUUUGUUAAUUGUUGUGCAUGAAGCCGCCAUCUUUCAAAAUAUGGAAGCCUCCUCUCUACACAACCACCACACCAAACCUCUGCUCCCUAAACCUGAUCCUGCAAUGCUCCACCACCACCUCCCCGCCGUUGACCUCAUCGAACCUCCGCCGGCUCCUUCCUUGACCAGACCACCUGAUUUGGACGAAACUGAUUACUCCACUUCAUUCGCCGACACCGCCUCCUCAAACCACAACAAUUCCGCUACAGUUAGCGAUGCUGAAGUCGAUUCACAGUUUUCUAACGACGGAAACGGAUUCUCUGCUCCGUCCUUUGAUGAUUUCGGAACUGUUCUUCGUGUCAGGAAGAAGCGGCUGACAAGUCACUGGAGAAGUUUUAUACGUCCGUUAAUGUGGCGUUGUAAAUGGGCAGAAUUAAAGAUAAAGCAGUUCGAGUCACAAGCUUUAGAAUAUGCCAAAAAGGUUGCAGCUCGGAAUGCAACAAAACAUUUGGCUUCAAAUCAGUCUAUUCCAGAAGGGUUUAGUUCAAGGUCAAUGCCGUAUACUAAAAGGCGCCAAAGGAAACUCAUGAAGAGGAGGAAACGGGCGAGAAUCGAAGAUACAACCGAUGCUGACUUAUAUAUGUCACAGCAUGUUCUCUUCUCCUAUAAUGAAAGUAAGAAGUCAGAUCAAGAUGAAGUCUCUGUGCUGGAUGAUUUUGAUGAUCCAGAACAAAAUACACCCAAUCCAGAAGUUCACGGUCUCGGCAUGCAAAACCAUUUAUCAUUUUUCGAAGACGAAGAUAACGAGAUAGAGCACAUUCUUCACAAGAUUGAAACAACUCACUCUCGGGUUCACAAAUUAAAAUCCCAACUUGAGUUGGUGUUCUCCGAAAAUUCUCAGAUGUUUCCUUUCUCCGAGAAUGAAAAUAAUCUUGGUCCUUCUGAAGAACAAACACGAACCGUUCAUAGCCCUACUUUCUCCAACUCAGAAUUUGACAUGGGAGGUUUAGAAAUGUAUGAGCAUGAGGGUUUUCAUAUACCCGAUAUAAUCGAAAGCACGGUGGGGACGUUGUCAUCUAUUGAUGUUACCCAGCAUCAGUCACAAUUCGGAGACUCAUGUGAAAAGAUUUUGGACAAUAUGCUGGUACAUGAUGAAACUACUGAAGCAGAAAAACAAGCCUUACGAAAUAACCAACAGCAUCCGAUCACAGUAAAGCAGGAAGACGAGUCAGCUAUGGAGUCCGACACUGCAACAAAAGACGUCGUUCAAGAACAAUCAUCUGUCAAACCGUUUUCAGAAUUCCAAAUUCCAAUAAACAAGAGAAAACGAGGAGAGCGAAAAGCUGGUACAAGUAAAUGGAAUAUACAACUUCCUGGCGAGCCCGAUAGCCAGUGACUAGUAUAUUUUUAUAAUCGAGAACCUUUUUAGUUCUGUAACUUUGUUACAUAAUGACCUGAAGCUGUAGAUUAGGGAAUUUAAUGUGAACUUAAUUCAUUUAAUUUGGAUGCUAGCAAGACCUUAUGGGAGCGAUAACAUGUUUUGGAUCUGAACUUUGUUGUUAGCAUACUGUCUUAGUU